AUGCCAAAUCCGGGCAGCCCCUCGCGUCUCUCACCGGGCAACUACGACAACGAUGCGGCCUCCCUGCGAUCACCCUCAGAGCAGGACUCUGACUCGGAUGAUGACGAGUUCCUUCGUCACCCCCGCAGCACCCUAGAGCUCUCUAAACACGACCGGAGUGUCCUCGAAGAGGAAGAUGAGCUGGAAAAACUUUUGACAAGGCGUGGUCCUACCCACGAGCUGCGCAGGAUCUUCAGCCCAAAUGGGAGCAGCGUGCGCAUUGGAAAGAGGGAACGACGGCGAGCGAGGAAAGAAGCCCGGCUAUCGCGGCGGGAACGGGUCAGCGAAGAAGGGGAGCUGAUGUACGAAAUGGAAGAAGGCCUUGGGGAGGAUGAGACAGCUUCAUUGAUGAGCGGAUCUUCAACAGACUUGGAGCCGAAGGAAGACUAUCUCUAUGAGCCGCCACCCAGGCCAUCAUGGCGCAGAAUAUUGUUUGUUUCAGCCAUUAUCGCUAUCCUCUUUCUCAUCCUCUUCCUUGGUGCCUACAAAGCCUCGAGUGGUUUCCGUGCUGUGCAUCCACACCCCCAGCCCCUGUUUUCCAACGGCACGGCACUGUUCGCGCCAACGACAAUUUUGAUCUCGUUAGACGGUUUUCGAGCGGACUUCCUUGACCGUGGUCUGACCCCAGCACUCAAUUCGUUGGUUGCAAGUGGCGUCUCCCCACAAUACAUGAACCCUAGCUUUCCCAGUGUAACGUUUCCGAACCAUUUCACGCUGGUGACUGGCCUAUACCCCGAGAGCCAUGGGGUGGUCGGCAAUACCUUUUGGGAUCCCGAUCUCGGUGAAGAAUUCUACUAUACCCAUCCUACCGUCAGCAUGCAGCCCAAGUGGUGGAAUGCGGAACCGCUGUGGGAGACGGCAGAGAAACAAGGAGUGAGAACUGGCAUCCAUAUGUGGCCGGGAUCUGAGGCCCAUAUUGGUGUCGUCGAGCCGAGCUAUGUGGAUAAAUACAAUGGCUCGGAGGCUUUGCCACGCAAGGUCAAUCGUGUACUUGAGCUCCUUGACCUUCCUGGUCCUGAGGACGAGUCGGAUCUAACGCCACAACGUCCUCAGUUCAUUGCGGCCUAUGUGCCCGAUGUGGAUAAGGACGGCCACAAUUAUGGACCAAACAGCACCGAGAUCCGAAGCACCAUCGCCCGGGCAGAUGAAUUAGUGGCGGGGAUCGUCGCUGGUCUUGAAAGCCGCAAUCUCACAGACCUGGUCAACAUCGUGGUCGUUUCAGACCAUGGGAUGGCCACCACAUCGACGGAGCGCCUGAUCCAACUAGAUGAUGAAAUAAAUCUCAACCUCGUUGAGCGCAUUGACGGAUGGCCAUCUCGUGGCCUACGUCCGAAACAACCCGAGAACCUAGAGAUGCUGGAGGAUCAGCUGGUAAAGCUGGGGAGAAAAUAUGCAGAUGCAGUGGAGGUUUAUACCCGAGAGACCAUGCCUGAGCGUUAUCACUUCUCGAACAACGACCGCAUAGCUCCUCUAUGGGUGAUCCCUCGGACAGGCUGGGCGAUCGUCGAGCGGCCCGAGUUCGACGUAAAGAAAGCAUUGGAGACGGGAGAAGUCUAUCACCCCAAGGGAAUCCAUGGCUACGACCACGAACACCCGCUGAUGCGCGCCAUUUUCAUCGCCCGUGGGCCCGCCUUCCCGCAUACACCCAAUAGCCGCCUUGAGGCUUUCCAAAACAUUGAGGUCUACAAUAUCCUUUGUGACUCACUGGGUAUUGAUCCGCUGCCAAACAACGGUACAUUGCGUCUGCCCUUGAAGCCAGUUGGGCUUCAUUCUGAUGAGCACACGCCGCCUUUGGUGCGGCCGUCCGACCCUCCAGAGUCGUCCACCACUACGGCCGGGCCCUCGGGACCUACACCCGCUACUACAGGCGCACCGCCCGCAACAGAGUCUGGCAGCGACAAGCAAGGGCCGAGCUGGUGGGGGACGGUGUCGGACAAAUUCAAGGAUUUCAAGCAGUGGGCGGGAGAGCUCUUUUCUGCGGAGAAGGAUAAUCACCCGCGGUGA